CGGAACUUCCUGUCUUUAUCAUCCUACCUCAAUUACAAUCCACUGGUGAUCCGCCCACAACUAUUUCCUAUCGCUAUCUUAUCCCUAUAGCUCAAUCGCAAGGAUGAUGGCUGGUCUACAGGCGGCGAAGAAGGACCUCCGGCGGAGAAUGCGGGAUGCGCUGCACAAGAUCCCCGCCGAUUCCAUCACAAAUCAAUCGAGAGUCGUCGCCAACAGGCUGUUCGCUCUCCAGGAAUACCAGGAUGCAAGGAGGAUAGGGGUUUAUCUCUCCAUGCCGGCGGGGGAAUUAUCCACCACGGCCAUCGUUCGGGAUGCUCUGGCAAGUGGUAAGGAGGUCUUCGUACCUUAUAUACACAAACUCGAGUUAUCCAAACAGUCGAGGACCUCCGUUAUGGACAUGCUCAAGCUAGAGUCGAUGGAAGAAUUCGAGGCUCUCCAGCCCGACAAAUGGGGCAUCCCGUCGCUGUCUGAGGUCCAAGUACUCAGUAAGAUGAAUUGCUUUGGGGGCAAAGGGGUCUCGCCCCAACCAGAAGACGCUACAAAAGGGCCUUACGGGCUCGACUUGAUUGUGAUGCCAGGAAUGGCAUUUGACGAGGGGCUCAGGAGAUUAGGGCAUGGUAAAGGCUAUUAUGAUCAUUUUCUGACGAGGUACUCAAGAGAGGGGGCUGCAAGUGAGUCAACGAAGCCGAAGUUGCCCUUCCUUGUUGCCCUAUCUCUCAAGGAGCAAAUGCUUCUCCCGACCGAAGAGAUACCGGUAGCGGAUCAUGACUGGCCUGUAGACAUGCUCAUCGUCGGUGAUGACCGGUCUCUGGUGCGCCAACACUGAUUCUCCGGAAAAGCGAGUCAUAUCGAUCCAUAGGUUCGUCUAUUUUGCUAGAGGUGCAAUAUUUGUUUCCCAGCGACAUCCGUGAAAAGCGAAAGGUAAAGAAAUGCAAACAAAGUCGUAUAACGGCACGAGAU